AUGACCAACAUCGACGCUCCAGCUCGCAAGCAACAGAAACUCAACAAUUCGCUUCUGAUCCAGCUGCGCUCGCCCGAUGCCAUUGCACCCACCAAAGGAUCUGCCAGCGCCGCCGGGUAUGACAUUUACGCGUCCCAGGGCUCCGUUAUCCCUGCCAGAGGACAGGGCCUAGUCUCAACGGAUGUGUCCUUCACCGUUCCUGUGGGCACCUACGGCAGAAUUGCGCCUAGAUCAGGUCUGGCCGUGAAGCACGGAAUCAACACCGGUGCGGGCGUGGUCGACCGCGACUACACUGGCGAAGUUAAGAUCGUGCUAUUCAACCACGCUGACAAGGACUUUGAAGUCCGCAAAGGUGACCGCGUUGCCCAGUUGAUCUUGGAGAAGAUCGUCGACGACGCCGAAAUUGUUGUGGUCGACUCGCUCGAGGAGAGCGCUAGAGGCGCCGGGGGCUUUGGAAGCACGGGCAAAUAG